AUGGAGACGUUCGCCCCCAAACUCAGCAAAGCUCUGCUGACAUCUGAUCCACAUUAUAUUCCGGGGUAUUCGGGGUAUUGCCCACAGCUGAAGUAUAGCAUGGGGAAGACUUACAGCCAGCACACGGCCGAGCUGCUGAGCAGUCCUGAUGUGAAACACUCCAGUCGCCUGGUCCUCCACACGGGUCACUCUCCUUCCACCGACACAGAUGCUCUGACACUGAGAGGCAUCCCCAACGGUAACCUGAAGAAGGUGAUACCUGGAUACACAGGUUUCAUCCCAAGGAGUCAGAACUACUUCUCCCGCAGCUUCUCUGACGUCUGUUUUAAAGCUCAGGCUGAGUUUCACCAGGAAAGAGAAGCGAGGAACCUGCAGCGGUCGGCAGAGCUGCCGCUUGUUUUCACCUCCACCAACCCACAGUUUGAAAGAUCAAAACGCUCCCUGACAGCCAACAAGGUGGUCUCCUUCAAGCCGUCCUACACCCCCGUCACCAUUUCACCGUAUUUAAUGGACGAUGAUAACCAGCACAAGCGCUUUAUUUCAGGUUUUACGGGGCACGUGCCAAAGUCCCGUUUCCUGAUGGGUAAAGGUUACCCCAUCAUCACCAACAAGGCACUGAUCAAGUUUGGAAAGGAGCAGCGGAGUGACUCCACGUCCCCGGAGAACCUGAGGAAGGACAGUACAACUCCUCCCAUCCCAUCCAUCUACCAAUCAAAAAGCGGUGUGGUGCCAUCAUUCACAGGACACAUCCCAGGAAACAAGUUCAUGUUCGGACACACCUUUGGUCAGAUUUCCCGGGAAGCGCUGGAAAGGAUCCGCAUCGAGAGGCUCCUUCGAGAAAAGUCCUAA